GUUGGCGCGGUUUUGCAUAAAACUUAAUUUGAAGGUUUAGUGUCUGCUCCGCAUUCGACGAAACCCCUUCCUAUGUAAAUCAGGAAAUCGGAAACUUCCGUUAAAGAUGGACGACCGGAUCGUAGAUUUAAUUUUCGCGGGUUCUCUGGAAAAACUUCCGCCCGUCAGUUCAAAAAUAGUUCGAAUUUUCACCAGUUCAACCUUCACUGAUACAACAAUGGAAAGAAACACACUAAUGGCAAAAUGUUAUCCAAGAAUCAAAGAUUAUUGUCGAGAAAAACACGGUCUGGAAUUUCAGGUGGUAGAUAUGAGAUGGGGAGUACGAGAUGAAGCAACAGACGAUCACAUGACAACAGAGCUCUGUAUGAAGGAAAUCCAGAAUUGUCAAAGGCUUUCCAUGGGUCCUAAUUUUGUAGUUUUUCUUGGACAAAAGUAUGGGUAUCGACCUAUACCAACUUAUAUCCUAUCAUCAGAACUUCAGAUGAUCAGAGAUGAGGUUGCCAAUACUGGUGGUGACCCAACAAUAAUCGACACAUGGUACAGAAAAGACAGUAAUGCCGUUCCUCCAAUCUCUGUUCUUCAACCAAUUUCUUCCAUUCUCAUCAAUUUCAAUAACAAGAGAGUUCCAAAGUUACAAGCUGAAGAUCAAGGAAAAUGGUGGGCUACUCUAGAAAAAUUUCAGAAAUUGUUUCGCAAAGCAUCAUCUUCACUGCAUCAGCAAGGGAAGAUGGAUGAUGAUGCCAAACACAACUAUUUCAUGUCAGUUACGGAAAGGGAGGUUAUAAAUGGAAUUCUGAAUGUGAAGAAUACAAAAAAUCAUUGCUUAGCCUAUGUCAGGUACAUAAACAACAUAAAUUUACAAAAUUUGAAGAAGGCCUCUCUUUUUGUGGAUAUCAUCAAUAGAAGCUUGGAUACCGAAUCUGCCAAGUUACUCGGUAAUCUGAGAGACGAUAGAUUACCAAAUAAAAUUGAAACAAGUAACUAUCAAAAAUACAAUGUUGAAUGGAUAGGAAGAGAAGGUUUGGACCCAGAGACCCAUGAUGAAUACUUGAAACAUUUCAUUUCACAUUUCUACAAGAAUAUAGUUAAGCUGGUUGACAGAGCAAUGAGAAAAGAAGACUCUAGUGCUCAAGGACAAAUAGUUACAGAAAUUUUACAACACUUACAUGCCUGCAACAAUUCUGUUAGGGUAUUUUAUGGGAGAGAGGAUACUCUUGAACUCAUCCACCUAUAUAUGGUUGAAGAUUCGGAUUCUCUUCUCAUAUUAUACGGAGAAGGAGGUUGUGGUAAGACAUCUCUACUAGCCAAAGCAGCCAGCAUGUGUACAGGAAGAGAUUGGUUCAAGAAUGCUAAACCAAUAAGCAUUAUAAGAUUCUUAGGAACAACACCCGAUUCCUCUGCAUUAACACCAACUCUAAUAUCAAUUUGUCAACAGAUAUCUUAUAACUUUAUGCUACCCUUUGAAGGAAUACCUGAUGAUCUUGUUCCCUUAACAGCUCACUUCAAACAGCUCUUAACUUUAGCAACAAAAGAACAACCCCUUCUUCUUUUCCUCGAUUCGGUAGAUCAGUUGACAGGAACUCAAGAUGCAAAUAAAGUAUCCUGGUUACCUACUCGUCUACCACCAUAUUGCAAGAUUCUUGUAUCUUGUGCUUCGGAAGAAGAUAAUCCAGAAGUCUCGAGGGAGUAUCACAUACUUCGACGUAUGGUUGAUAAAGAUGAAAAUUUUAUCGAAGUCAAGGCUUUGGGGGAAGACCUAGCCAUGCAAGUUAUUAAAAUGUGGAUGAGAACAUCUUGUCGCGAUCUCACCAACUACCAAUGGCGGCUCGUAUCGAAUGCCAUCGACAAAUGCAGUUUACCGAUUUUCGUUAAACUGGUCUUCGCGGAAAUUUGCAGAUGGAGGAGUUACACAAAAUCUGCCGAUACCCACUUAGCAAAUACUGUUAUGGAUUCCAUUAUGAUGUUGUUUGAAAGAAUAGAGAAACAACAUGGCAGAAUCUUGGUAUUUCACGCCUUAGCGUAUAUAACUGCAGCCAAAAGUGGUUUAUCGGAGUCGGAAUUGGAAGAUCUCAUUUCUCUAGAUGAUAAAGUGUUGGAUGAUGUAUACCAGUACCAUCUUCCUCCAGUAAGGCGGAUACCACCUUUACUGUGGACAAGAAUAAGAAACGAUUUACCAAAUUACUUGUCGGAAAGAGAAGCUGAUGGAGUUAGCGUGAUGAAUUGGUAUCAUAGACAAUUCCGAGACGCUGCCAAAGAAAGGUAUUUCAAGAAUAUGAAUAUGGCGACCUAUUUCCACUCUAUGAUCGCGGAUUACUUUCUGGGUAUCUGGGGUGGUGGUGUCCCGAAACCGUUCAAAUACACUGAAAUUCAGAGACACAGGUUUAACUUAACUGAUAAGGAGGGUGUAGCUGACAGAAAGGUUCCAGUCCAACCUUUAGUAUUCUAUUCAAAGGACGGUAAAAUAUCAAGAUAUAACCUAAGAAAGUUUGGUGAAUUACCAUUUCAUCUGGUGCGAUCAAGAAGAUUCAAGGAUUUAUACGAAAAUGUGCUCUUCAACUAUGAGUGGUUACAUGCUAAACUGUCCAGUUGUCCACUGCAAGCUGUACUUUCUGAUUACGAAGACGCAAGUAAUAACAUAGAAAACAAAGAUUCUAGAAGAGAACUCACUCUUGUAGCUGAUGCUCUUCGUCUAGGUGGAGCAGUCUUAGGGCAACAUCCCAACAUGUUAGCACCACAACUCAUCGGUAGACUCCUUCCUGAGGUAGCUAAGAACCCGAAUAUCAAAAUGUUACUAAACGAUUGCGACAUUAAAGGUCCAAACCACUGCGCUUUGCUACCGGUAUAUCAUUGUUUACAUACACCUGGUGGGCCUCUGAAGUAUUCCUUGGAAGGUCAUCAAUUUGCUGUAUUCUCCAUAUGCCUCACUAGUGACUACCGUUAUAUAGUGUCAAUUUCAAACAGAUUUAUCACUUGGGACCUUUCCACAAGUGAUCUCACAAGGGAUGUAAACCCUAAUAUUGAAGGAAUUAUGCAGCAAUUAGCUCUUAGUCCUGACAAUAAAUGGGCUGCAGCCUACACGAAUAAUAAUCAGACUGUCCUCUUGAAUAUGCUUUCAAGUGAAUUCAUUAUUCUCGAUAAUCCUUUAGAAGACAACGAAAACGUCGUUGGGGUAUCAUUAUUAAAUUAUAGCCUCUUUAUUUAUGGUAGUAAAAAUUGGAUCAGAUUUGAUAUGAGAGGGCAGAAGGAAGGUAUUUAUACAAAUACAGUGGAUCCAAAUGAAUGGACAAUUCUGACAAUGGAAUUCGAUAACAAAACAACAUACAGAACAAUAUAUUGGAAAGGAGACUUGGAUGAUGAUAGGCUGUUGAUGCUUUCACAGUAUGAUAGUGUGGAUUAUGAUCCUUUAGAAUUCCACAGUGCUUUGGUAUUUAACAAGAACAAAGACAUACUAUACGCAUGCACCACUGAAGGUGCAUAUUGCGUUUCGAAAUUUGCCAGAAACUGCGAAACAAAAAGAUGGGAACUUGUUGAAGAUCUUUCACGUAUUCAAAAUGAUGUUAAUGAAACAUUGCUUCAACUGAAACUGGACAAACAAGAUGAAACAUUGUUUGCUUCAACAUGCAACGGUUUCAUCGUCUGGUACGUGAGUAGAGAAGCUGAAAACAAAAACGGACUUUUCUUACCGUUACCUUAUGGCAUAAGGAAUAUCACAACCAGAAUGUUACAGUCAAACUCGAUAAUGCUAAGUGCUCAUAAAAAUUAUGCAAUAGCAGGAGUAAGGAAAAAUUUGUAUGUGUGGAGCAUGGAAACCCAGAAGCUCGUGAAAGUUUUAGAUGCUCAUUUCGCUAGAAUCGUCCAAUUAGAACCGUUAACCAUCGGAAAUUGGAACUGUAUUGUAACUUCUUCAAUAGACAGAACUGUUAAGGUUUGGAACAUCAAUAAUAUAUUCGAACAGGUCCAUGUUAUCGACAGACACGAGUUACAAAUAGACUCUAUCAGUUUAUCCAACGAUUUGAGUUUGGCAGUUACAGUAACAAGAAACUGUGUUGGAGUUUGGAACCUGAGAAUUGGAAAACUGAUAGCUAAAUUAGCAGAUAGUCCUCUAGGAGCCAUUGUUACUCAUGCUUGCAUCACGCCAGAUGGACGGUACAUAAUCUCUUCCGAAUCAGGUAAUUUCCUCAUUUGGUUGAGGAUGACCGAAAUGGUAGUUUUCAAAGAAGAACAGCCUGGCAUAAAACAGUUAACCCUUAUAGAAGGGGGAACUAAAGUAUUAUCUAUAUCUAAACCAAGCAAUGCACCAGGAACUGAUAUUGUCAGGACAACAGCUACAGUGUGUGUCAGAGAUCUACCAAGUGGGGAAAUGAUAUAUAGCUUUGAAUAUCCUGUUCGAAGUUUCACUGGUGUACCUUUUCGACAAGCCAUCAUUACAUCUGAUGGCCUUCAUAUGGUUCUUUGUGCCGCAGAUAAAACAAAUAGGGAUUGUAUAAAUGUUCAUAAUGCUCUUACGGGACAAUUAGAACACAAAAUAUCGUUGAAACAAAGUGGAAUCAAGGAUUGUAGCGGCCUUAUAGCUAUGCCCCAUAAAGGCCAUCUUGUAGCAGUAAUGACUCCUGAUAAAGGGGCAAUCUUCGACAUAAAGAAUAAGAAAUAUUUGAGGUCCAUUCCAAAAUGGGGUGGUAUGGUAACUAAAGAUGGUAAAUAUGGUUUAUAUGCCCCUCAAAGAGGCGGACUUGAGUUACUCGAACUCAAAAAGGGGCAAAGUGUUAAGACAUAUAUACCUAGAGUAGCAGAAGGUGUUUUCAGUAUUAUAUGUCAGUUCAACAAAACAGACGAGUAUGUUUUAUAUUAUCAUAACGGAAGAAAAACCUUGAGAGUGUUCAGAACAAGUGACACAGAAAUGGUAGCAAAUUAUAGAGUACAGGCAGAAUUAACGGCUAUUGAAAGUACACCAGAUGGUAAGGCUCUAGUUCUUGGAACUGUUGAUGGUUGUAUGUCUGUACAAGCUAUACUUGAUACAAAGAAGGGUGAUGUAACGCAAUAUUUAGCAGAAAUGCCAUCCAGAGACGAAGAGUGGGCUAAAAAGGUAGAGAAAAUGAAAGCUCAAACGAGAUUCAAAGCUGCAACUUCCAUAGUAAAGCUGUCUACUCUUUUCAAACAAGAGAAUAAUAAUAAUGGUUCUGGAAUUAUUGCAACAUAAAUGUAGUAUGAAUAAGGAAAUUAUAACUGAAUCAGAUGCUUGGCUUAUUUUUAUAGAAGUUGAUAGAAAGAAUAAAGUGUAUGC